AUGUGGUGGCCUUGGAGCAGUUCAGACAAGCCAACAGGGCCGUCUACCCAACAAAAUGAUAUUUCCACACCAUCAUCCCGGACGGAGAGGGCGAGGGAUGACCUAAAAGACGCCGCCGGCCUCAACCCUAACAAGCCAAGCGACAGAGAGAAACUCCCGCCAAAGCUACAGAAAAUUAUUGACAAGUCCGACAAAGAGGAUAACAUCUUUGACGAGCUCGUCGAGGGAUAUGCCCCUCCAUCCACCGAGUCCAACGUCCGCUAUGCCGCCUAUGCCGCCCGCUUUCGCACUAUCCUGCUCUCUGCCCACCGUUACGUCGCCUACACCUCCGACAUAGGCGAGUCAUUCCGCCCCGUUGCCCAUCCCUGGCUCGUGCGCGGAGCUUACGGCGUCUCAUGGGCCUAUAUCCUCGGCGACGUUAGCUACGAGGGCUACAAGGCGUACUGGCACAACCAGCGGGUGCUGAACCCGCAGGUGGAGCUCACGACGCGCCAGCAGCAGAUGUUGGGUAUUGAUCUGACCUCCACGGCUGGAUCCCCUGCGCCGGCUGCGCCGGGGACGGUGCCACCGCUGGAGGACUAUCGGACUGUGAUGUUGCAGCGGGGGAUUUUUCAGAGUAUUGCUAGUAUGGGCCUACCGGCCUUCACGAUCCACAGCGUUGUGCGGUACAGCGGCCGGGCGAUGAAGGAUGUGAAGAAUGCGAAGUUGAGGACAUGGGGCCCGAUCGGGUUGGGGCUUGCGGUCGUGCCGUUCCUGCCGACGAUUUUCGACAAGCCGGUUGAGAAUGCCGUCGAGUGGGUGUUCCACAAGGGAUUCGAGAGUUACGGCGGCCGUGAGGCGGUUGGGAAUGCGCCGCUUAUUGGGAGAGAGAAGCAGUUGAGCGAGAAGCCAAAGAAGAAAACGGACUAA